GUCGUUGUGAGGCUGAGGUAAUUCCUGGGAAUCGAAAAGGACUGUGGGCUGUAAGGGCGAGGCGAGGUCCAUGUUUUCCUCCGCGUCCAGUUCUUCGUCCAGUUUGCCGGUCGUUGGAUGGUCAUACGCACGAGGUGAAGCGUAUUGAGUCAAGGUUCUAAAAGUCUCCACUUCCAUCAAAAGCUCCUUUUCUCUCGUUAUGUGUUGGGAACGAGCGUCUUCGAGUUCCCGACGAAGGGCAAAAAUCUGCUCUUGAAGUCGAUAGAUUUCUUCAGAGGUUCGAGAUCCAGCCGCCUCCAAUUCGACUUGAAGGCCGUGAUUUUGCUCUUGAAGCCUGGCAAGUUCCUCCUCAACAUCUCGAAUGUGGUCUGCCGGAUUUAUUGGCUGUUGGGAGACCUCGGGCUGAUGUACUAUCCCCAUGAGCGCAUUGACCGCAGCAUUGCGCUCUCUAAGGCUCUGAACGAGUGCCUCCUUCUCGUUCUGGAGGGUCGAAACAACUUCUUUCAGAGAGCGAAUUUGUUGGUCCAGAUCCCCAACUGUGUCAGCCAUAUAUGGAGCAGGUUUUGCGGGGGUGUGCGUAGAUUCCGUGCUAUGAUAACCCGGGGGAUCACGGGAAACGGAGAUUGGUGCUUUGGAGGGACCUGCCUCCGUCGCAUGGUAUGACGAAAUGUAUUCGGGCUGCGAAGGAGGCACGGAAUGGUGUUGGUAAUAAUGUGGCAGUUGUUGCUCGUUAUUGGAAAAAUCGGGGUCGUGUCCUGCCUGAGAUUCAUGUAUCCGUGCUUUCUCCAAGGAUCGGGCGAGCACAUGGAUAUCAUUCUCCAGUGUCUUGUUUCGCGCAUUGUUCAUCUGCAAGAUGGCGAGACAUUCUUCAUCGGACAUUCUCGGCAGCGCGCGAGGUUUUCGUUUCGAUAACCCGGAUCGCUUCGUGGCUUGUGAAACGUCGCAGCCGUGUAAUGCACAUUGCUCGAGUUCCGCCUCGCGAACAGCCACCUGAGCCUCCAGCUCGCUGACCCGUGUAUGGGCGAUUUGAGCCUCGUCUAGACGUGCUCUGCGCUCGUGUUCGAGUUCAGCACGGAGACGAGCUACAACGCCUGCUGCAUAUCCCAUCAAAUCCUUGUUGAGUUCAGCAUUUUGUCUCAGCGGGGUCUCCAGGUCUAGAGGCUCAGCAAAACUUGAGACCUGCAAGCGACUACAUGGCCAUGAGCUCAAAUUGUUGGAUAUUUCAACUUUACGGACCAGCUGUUCCACAGCGUCCUUCAGGUCGUCCUUCUCAGCCUCCAAAACCCUCAUAGAGUUCACAGCACGGGCAAAGCGCGUCUUUAGCUUCUCUUUUUCUCGUUGCUCCUCCGAUAGUUCAGCCGCAUGUUGAGAUUGCAAUGAGUCCAAGGCAUCGAGGGUCGCUAAGAGUCGUGUUUGAGUGUUUGAAGCACGGGCACUGAAUGCUUCGAGUUGGGAUUCGAGGUAAAGUAUUCGCUGGUCCUUCUCGGAGAGUAGAGCUUGUAGAUCAAAUUCCUGGCCCACUACAUUGUGUCUUCGUUGGCCCUGACGUCCCAUAUGUAUGACAUACAGUCAGUUGUUUACAGAGGCGGUGAGUUUGUACACGAGGAGGUGUCGCGAGGGGAUAGCAUGUAGAGUCGGGAGCAAGAGUAAGCUUAUCUCAAAUUGGACUUCAACCCACUCCGUCGUCGCCGCGGCUGGCGUCGGCGGCCAUUUCCUCUUCGGCAAAACCAUCAUUAUCCACAGUGAGACAAUCAUUUGCUUGCACAUUGCUCGCGCCAUAAACGUCAAACACUCUAGGCUUGAUCUGUCUAGUGACCUUGAGUGGAUUUCAGCCUGUCGCCCACUGAUAUGGAGUGGAACACCUCCUUUCUGGAUCCUCAGCAUGCACAGACAAGCACCCCUCGUGCGCUGAUAAUCCUCAAUCAGCCCUUUUCAUUCUCUCUGUUGGAUACGCUAUGGAAGUCCUGCUCAUGGCAUGCCUGUGCCGACGGUGGCUCCAACCGGCUUUACGAUGUCCUCAGUAGUCGAGGCGAUGAUGCGGCCAAGACUUACCUCCCCAACAUCAUCAAGGGCGACUUGGACUCAAUACGAGACGAUGUGAAGGGGUUCUAUGCGGCACUGGGCGUGCCAAUCGUAUGCGAUCCCGAUCAAUAUGCGACCGACCUUAUGAAAUGCAUCAAGGCUCUUGAAGAGGUAGAGUCCUCAGAGGGACAGCGUUACGAUCUCAUCCUUCUGGGUGGUCUGACUGGACGAUUAGAUCAGACCAUCCACACUCUGUCUUAUCUCCACAAACUGAGGAAGAUCCGACCCAAAGUAUACGUCGUGACCGACUUUAACGUCGGGUGGGUCCUAGAUAAGGGUGAACACCGUAUCAGCAUCGACCAUAAAUUCAUUGGUCCCACAUGCGGUCUCUUGCCAGUCGGUAUCUCCUCCGCGGUCAUCACGACCACUGGCCUGAAAUGGAAUCUCACAGAAACGGAGGCCUCGUUCGACGGUCUGAUAUCUACCUCGAAUCAUCUACUACCUGAGGAAGAUACAGUUGUGGUCAAAACAUCUGAUCCCAUCUGGUGGUGUGCAGAGCUGAAGUCGUCUGAAACGUAAAAUAUCCUGUGCAAUGACACGCCUUGUCAAACCAUAGUCUUAAGCUGUUCCAAACAACCGGAGCCCUGCCAUCUUCAAUUUCGACCCAAUGACUUGCCACAGAUUACCGUUCGUUGGUGCUCCACUCCCUUGAUCUUCACUGGUCACUCGCCAGCCACCUGAACAGUCAGCACCCCAACACUGAGUUACCAGGAAUCUUUCAAACGAGUCAUUGGAGCGUAGUGCGGAUCUUCUUUUCAUAAAUGUGCUUCCUUCCCAAAGAACCGACCUAUCAAUAUGCAGCGUGGAUGAACUAUAACCGAAAAUAUAUAACAAGAACACAUACAAAUAGCCUGCUGAACGGUUGUGCCAAAAUGAUCGAUGCGAUGCCUAAGAACGUCAGUGGGAAGAUUAAGAAGUGAAGGCGGAGCGACCGAAACCGAAGAUGAAGCAAUAAAUGCCUCCUAAACAGACCCUCGAUGCAGCCAGUAACCCACGCACAUGCGGAAAUCGCUUGCCUACUUCAUGCAUCUGGCCAUGCAUCAUAAAAGAGGCCGUUUUGCCACAACAAUACUAUCUCAUACUUACUCCCAAUUUACACCAUGGCUUUAUCGACAUCCUCAUUAGUAUUGGGCCUCUCUCUCAGUCUACUAAUAUUCGCUCUCGUGAAGUAUUCCCUGAAAAAAGCGUCGCUACCUUUGCCCCCUGGGCCAAGACAGCUUCCUUUCAUCGGCGCUGCUCGCCAAAUUGACACCUUGAAACCAUGGGUUACAUAUGCGCAAUGGGGCGCCAAGUAUGGUGAUAUCAUCAGCUGCAACCUCUUUGGCCAACGUACUGUGGUUUUGAACUCUGAAAAGGCCGCGGAUGACCUUCUGGAGCGACGGUCGCGAUUUUACUCCGAUAGGCCUGCUCACUCCGCCCGCUCUAUGGCGGGCUGGGACUUCAAUUUCACCUUUGACGGCUACGGAAAUGACUGGCGCCUUACUCGGCGGAUCUUUCAACAAGCUUUCCGUGAACAGAAAGUUCGUGACUAUCAGCCGGCCCAGCUUAAUGCCGCCCGUCGCUUAGUCGUGAAUAUAAUGGAUGCCCCUGCAGAAAGUGUCUGGGAUCUCUUGAGCCUGUGCACCUCAUCUGCGAUCCUCGCUACAGUCUAUGGCUAUGAGGUUGACACCCUGGAUGAUCCGUUCUUCAACAUUACUAACCAAGCGUUAACUACUGCAAUGCCACUGCUAAUUCCCGGAAAGGCACGGAUCACAGAUGCGUUUCCCUUUGUCAAACAUCUUCCCACCUUUCUUCCUGGAACAUCAGUCGUCCGUGAAUCCCUCUUAGCGAGAAAAUGGGCAAAACUGUUUUCUGACGUCCCAUUUAACUUCGCUAUAGACAAAAUGCAAUCCGAACAAGCAUUCUCCUGCGUUCUUGCGGAUGCCAUCCGACACGGCAGGGAGAAUGAUCAGAACUACCCCGAAAGUAACCUCAAGAAAGCCGUCUCCACGGCUUUUGCCGGUGGUGCUGACACGUCGACGAGCACGCUCCAGUCUCUCGUUAUCGCAAUGGCACUUAACCCAGCUGUGCAAGAAAAAGCGCACGCCGACCUUGUAGCUGUUGUCGGAAUGGAUAGACUACCGACAUUUGAGGACCAGACAUCACUCUCUUACAUUGAUGCAAUAGUCCGAGAAACCAUGAGGUGGGGCCCAGUUGUCCCCCUAGGCGUCAGCCACGCUGUCAUGGAAGACGACGUUUACGAGGGAUACUUUAUCCCUAAAGGUUCAACGAUAGUAGCGAAUGCAUGGGCAAUGUCUCGCGACCCCCGUCGCUAUCCUGACCCAGAGGCUUUUCGUCCAGAAAGAUUCUUGACGAAAGAAGGUGCUCUCAGCGACGACGAUGUCAGGUGGAGUUUCGGAUGGGGCCGGCGCAUUUGUCCUGGACGUUACUCGGCCCUCAAUGCGAUAUGGGCGGCCGCAGCUACUAUGAUGUUCGCAUAUCGCUUUGAGAAAGCUACGGACGAAAAUGGACUCCCCAUUGACAUAACGCCGGAAUGGACUUGUGCACUCGUCAGCCGACCUAAGGCGAUUCCUGUUCAUAUAGUUCGAAGGCUUGACAAGGUCAAGUUGGCGCAACUGAUUGAGGAAAGUAAACACGAGUGA